GCCAACAUGGAAUUUAGCCAGUGCUUUAAGCAUCUUAUUUCCAGUGCAGGAGUUGCACCUAACCGUACUGGGGAGCUGCUAAAGCUGAGCUGCUGUGGGGAAGGGGAUGAGGCUCAGCUCAUCCGACAGGCAAAAGGCACUAAGGCCUGGCCCAAAGCCUGCCCAGCCCCUCUUCUGCAUCCUGCCCUCAUCACAUAAUGGGCUUUGUGCUUUGGGGAAACCCCGGUGGCCCAACCAUGGACAGGUCAUGCUGGGAUGUUCGCACCAAGCCCCUUCUCCUUCCACUUCCCUGCUCCCAAGCAGCUGCUUUCUGCACCCCUCUGCCAUUGCUGCUGAUGUUCAGGGAGCAAAAUGAAAUGAGAGAUGGCCACAGACACAGAGCUGGAGAGCAGUAAGUUUGAAAAAUAUUGGUCUGAGUUAGAAAACUCUGUGAGCCAAGUCCUUGGAAUCGCAUCACACCAAAGCAAACAGCUCCCCCACCCUGCCAGGACAAGCCAAAUAAUCUCCCAUUUUCCUGCAAGUUUCUACACCAGCCAUGCCAGCGGUGCCCUCAGGCUGCUGAUCCCGUCUGCUCCCACAGGCUGUGCCAUGAUCUCGGCUGUGCUGCUCCUCUGGACCGUGCCCUGCGUGGCAAACCACAUCCUGGGGGGCUUUGCCAAGCGGCAGCUGCAGGACGGUGCCCAGCUGGCCUGCAGCCUGCCCGGGCCCCCCGGGCCCCCCGGGCCCCCCGGCCUGCCCGGCACCCCCGGCACCGUGGGCAGGAUGGGCUUCCCGGGCAAGGACGGCAAGGACGGCCAGGACGGCGACAAGGGCGAGCACGGCGAUGAAGGUGCCCAGGGCAGAACAGGAAACCCUGGCAAGCCAGGCCCGAAGGGGAAAGCAGGAGCCAUUGGCAAGGCCGGGCCCCGCGGGCCCAAGGGUUUCAAGGGCAGUCCCGGGCAAAGCGGGGCCCCGGGGAAGAAGGGGCCCAAGGGGAGCCGGGGCCAGGCCGGGCUGCCCGGGCCCUGCAGCUGCGGGGCCAGCAGGGCCAGGUCUGCCUUCUCGGUGGCCGUGUCCACCAGCUACCCCCGCGAGAGGCUGCCCAUCAAGUUCGACAGGAUCCUGAUGAACGAGGGAGGGCACUACAACGCUUCCAGCGGCAAGUUCAUCUGCAGCAUCCCAGGGAUUUACUACUUCACCUACGACAUCACCUUGGCCAACAAGCACCUGGCCAUCGGCCUGGUGCACAACGGGCAGUACCGGAUCAAGACUUUCGAUGCCAACACUGGGAAUCACGACGUGGCCUCUGGAUCCACCAUCUUGGCACUGAAGCAGGAGGAUGAGGUGUGGCUGCAAAUCUUUUACUCAGAGCAAAAUGGGCUCUUCUAUGAUCCCUACUGGACAGACAGCUUAUUUACUGGAUUCUUGAUUUAUCCUGACCAAGAUUAUCUCAAUGAAGUGUAGGAGGAGAAAUCAUGAGGAAAAAAAUAGGAAAUGGGCCUCAGUCCAAUGAAAUGGGGCCUUACAUGGGACAUGCCUGGGAUUAUCAGAUGAUUCCACAUUUGCCUAUGGGAUUAUCAGCUGAUUGCACCCUGUAUGGACUAUCGAGACUUUUCCACAGGGUACCAGGCCUUAAGCAGCCUCAUGAAUGUCUCCAUCCCAAAGGCAUCCAUUAUGUAUUCCAUGAUUAUUCAUUCCAACAUGCCAUGGACAUGUAACUCAAAUACUGGUGCAGAAUGCUUUGGUUAUUGCAUUGUUAUAAUAAAGCAUGGAAACCAACAGUCAUUUCCUAAA